UCUCUCAAGCACACGGCUAUAGCAGUGAGCCUGCGAGCAGUCAGUGGGUGCCCAUGAAGAAUCCGGGAAGCUGCUCGUCGUCCGUCCGCUCCUUUUAACGCCACGACGAACGUGCUGCUGCCCGCCGCGAACUUCCUCCGAGUACCAGCUAGUAAUGUCUAUCCCUCCAGCCACGUCCAAGGGGAUAACAAACGAAAAAACAGGUGGAACAAGUCCAAGCCCUGUCGAAGGAGUGGUUGAGAGUGUUGCAGGACCCAGCAGUACACUCAAUAGCAAAAUUGCCCUGGCAGAACAGAGUAAUGAGGAGCUGGACGACUUUGGCGAGACUGCUGAUGAAGAGGAGGAGGAAAGCACUGAGGAAGACUGCGAGAUCAGUGACUCUGGUUUAUUUUGCGACGGAGAUGGCGACGACGAUAUCGACGAGUCAGAUUGUCAAUCCCUCACCAUCCAGAGGCAAUCCCAGUCACCACAACGUAUCCAAAGUCCAAACUUGGAAACAUGCGUGCCCUUGGACGUAGUUCUACCGCCGCGGAAGCGCAAAAGCGAGACUGAGUCCAGUUUACCAUGUAAAAAGCUUAAUCCUGAAGACAAAACUUCUAUAAGCCUUAAGAGGCUCGAUGAGAAAGUCAAACAUGGUGGCAGACCAAUCAUACCUACCAAGGACAAUCCCCCUCCAGAAAUGAGUGAUUGGCUCUUGCAAUUUCAGAGGUGGACAAACGCGGAACGGAUGUUGGCGAUAGACGAGUUGAUCGAGCGCUGCGAACCGACGCAGGUGCGGCACAUGAUGCAAGUAAUCGAGCCUCAAUUUCAACGGGAUUUCAUAUCCCUUCUUCCGAAGGAGCUCGCCCUUUGUGUGCUCGCAUUUCUGGAACCGCGUGACCUUUUGCGAGCAGCUCAAACGUGUCGUUCGUGGCGUUUUCUCGCUGACGACAAUCUUUUGUGGAAGGAUAAGUGUCGUGUGGCUGGUAUUGAAGAUUUGAAAGAUUUGCCGAAGAGAAGGACAAAAAGUGGUAAUGGCAUGAAUGGAAUGGCGAAUAUUAAUAGCGGCUCGCCUUGGAAACAGACCUAUAUGCGUCACCAUAACAUCAAAAUGAAUUGGAGGACUAAACCUAUUAGACCCCCGAAAGUGUUGAAAGGACACGAGGAACAUGUGAUUACGUGCCUACAAUUCUCCGGAAAUAGGAUCGUCAGUGGGUCCGACGAUAACACCCUUAAGGUGUGGUCGGCUGUCACUGGCAAGUGCCUGCGCACGCUAUGCGGCCACACAGGCGGCGUGUGGUCGUCACAGAUGUCGGGUACAACAGUGAUAAGCGGCAGCACCGACCGCACCCUGAAGAUUUGGAACGCCGAGACCGGCGACUGCAUUCACACGCUCUAUGGUCACACGUCGACGGUGCGUUGCAUGCAUCUUCAUGGUAACAAAGUCGUCAGUGGUAGUCGGGAUGCUACACUCAGGGUAUGGCGUAUCGAUAAUGGCGAGUGUUUACACGUACUGGUGGGUCAUCUGGCGGCAGUCAGGUGUGUGCAAUAUGACGGCAAACUCGUUGUUAGCGGUGCUUACGAUUACAUGGUCAAAGUCUGGAAUCCCGAGAGUGAGGAGUGCUUGCACACACUGCAAGGACACACCAAUCGAGUUUACUCUUUGCAGUUCGACGGAGUGCACGUGGUUAGCGGCUCCUUGGACACAAGUAUCCGAGUUUGGGAUGUUGAAAACGGAGCAUGCAAACAUACCUUAAUGGGUCAUCAAAGUCUUACUUCGGGUAUGGAGCUGCGUAAUAACAUUCUCGUCUCGGGUAAUGCCGAUUCAACGGUGAAGGUCUGGGACAUCGUCAGUGGCCACUGCCUGCAGACCCUUUCAGGUAUCCACAAACACCAAUCGGCAGUCACUUGUCUACAAUUCAACAGCCAUUUUGUUAUCACUUCAUCUGAUGAUGGGACAGUCAAACUGUGGGAUGUUAAGACUGGUGAUUUCAUACGAAAUCUUGUGUCGUUGGACAGUGGAGGCAGUGGCGGCGUAGUCUGGCGAAUUCGCGCAAGCGACACAAAGUUGGUGUGCGCGGUGGGUAGUCGCAACGGUACUGAAGAAACUAAACUUCUUGUGCUGGACUUUGACGUGGAAGCCAAGUGAAUCGUAAAAAAGAAAGGGAAAAAGAGGAGAAAAAAGGAAAGAAAGGCUAGAAAGAUAAAAAACUAAGAAAAAAAUCAUUGCGAGCGCGCGGUCUGUAAAUACUUAAACUUAGAUAGAAUAACCAAUCACGAUGUACAAUGUUGUCGCGUCGCGUGUGACUGAAUAAGACUGCUUGUGGGUCAUAGCCGUUGCUUUCGAACUUGCAUCACUUGUGCGUCAAGAGAGACAGAAAAAGUAGUAAAAGCAUAUUUUUCCAAAUUAGCUGAAAAGAAUCGCAGGGCUUUUUUAACAAUUGCAUGAUAAUAACUUUAUAUUUGUAAAUAUAAACAAAACGUAUUUUUGUACAUAAAAAGUGCAUCAAACAGAAUAAGCACAUACUUUUCUUACUAUUUUCCUUUUGUUUAUUUUUGUUCGUUUUUUUUUUGUUUUUUAGCGUCAGAUUCCAAAUAUUCAUAUCAAAAAGCGAUGAGACGCCAAGUGACGCAAAUUCGAAACACGUGCAUUGUAUUUUUUUUUUUUUUUUUUUUUUUUUUUUUUUCGUUUUACUUCUCCCACAUGAAUAUACACAUACAUAAGUUACAUGACAAGUUUCUGUAUUUAUCAUGUAACGUUUCAAUUUUUAGUUACUCGGGUGUAUUCGAAUAAUCAUAUAUAAGCUGUAAUAACCCCCAUUAUGCAAAAAAGAAUUACUUUCAAAUAAUCUUCACGCUAUGUAUAAUUUAUAUAUUUUUGAAUUUCAACGACGAGAAAGAAUUGUCUUUCCUUUUUUCAUCAGAUUUAGGUUUUUUAACGUACAUGUAUAAAACAAAGCUUGUGAAAUUCAACAAAUUCAUGCAAAAGCGAUACUUUUCAAUCCCCUCAAAAAAUGAAAAGAAUCUUCACUUCAGUAGUUCAUUUUUAUCGAGGUCCUCGCUUUCUGACUUUUUCCGUCUACACGAGUAAUAAAGCAGUCUUAAUGUGUGUAAGAAAGAAAAAAAGAUCUUUGUAGGCGAAAAAUUAAAAACAAAUAGUUUUUACUUUUUCGCCGUAAGGAAAAUAAAAAGAGAUAACUGUCGGGAAGCGAUGUUAGAAACUCUUUGACGUUCUAAGGACUGAUGUAUUUGGUGAAUAGAGGACAAUUCUUUUCCCUACAAUGUGCCGAGUAGCUCUCAUUUUUAUAUAGUUCACGCAAGCAUAUAAUUAUCGAAGAAAUUUCUUUUUGUUCGUUCGUUAGCGAAGUUUAUAGAAGCUAAUCAUUUGUUUAGUAUGAUUAUCAUUAUUAUUUGAUUUUAGGAAUAUCUAGGAUAUAAGGUCUUUUAGAAAAUUAUAUACUUCUUAUUUAGCUUGCAUGAAUUGUACUCAAAUGACGAGCUGAUUAUUACCAAGAUAUUGUAUCAUACUUGAGAGCAUUGAGUCUGAAAAAAAAAGAAAUUAGAUUGGAUGGGUUAAGUAUUGUGAUGUUUAUUAUUGAAAUUUGGCUUGUGUUUGAAAAAAAGUACUUUUUUUUGUUUCAUGUUAUAGAAGUAAAAGAAAAACGUGUCACAUGCGAGUGACAAGCCAAUUCUAAUUUCACUUUGGUCUUAACAUUGUCGCGGUUGUGUUAUCGUUCAUUUAGUUUCCCCGUGAGAAAUUUGUUAUCAUUUGUAGUUUGUAUAUUCGAAUUGUCGUUAAUUGAGAAGGUGAAAAGUAAAUUUUAAUCUGUAAAAUAAAAAAAAGCGCUGUAGUAAGACUAAAAAAUAAUGUUCUUUUUGUAAAUAUAAAUCGUAAAAGACUUUGAUAGAAAUUUUUUCCGUAAACUAAAUAAUUCGAUAUUUUAGAGUAAAUAAGCGCAAAAGAAGUUUUGUUAUACUUAACUUACAUUAAAAAAACAUUUGUUCAAAGAUCUACCGCAAUCUGUGACACGUAGCAACUAUGUAAUCUAUUUCUUUUUUUUUUAUCCGUGAGAACAAUGAAGCAUCCAGCAACCGACGGAGGCCAAGAGGAUUAAAAAAUAAACAAAAAAAAUUAAAAAACAUACUAAUAAACACGCAUAUAAACGAACUGUUGAGUUAAUAUCGGCAACGAGUGUGAGCGACGAUCAUUGAUUUUUAUUAAGAAAUAAAGAAAAAAAGAAUCAACUACGGCGGUUCGGUUUGCCAUAGCCCAGUAACGACGAGUGCAAGUAACUAUAAUUUAUUUUGUGCAAUACGUCGACAAAUCGAGUUAGCUGUAUAGUAAUACUCAUUGUCUUUUAUAAUGUAAGAUGUAUGUGUCCUUGUGAGCUUAAUAUCAAAUUCCUUAUAUUUUGUUGUAAUCUUACGGUUUUUUUGUAAAAAAAAAACAAAUAUGCAUGCGAAUUUUAAAAAAUACCGAGCCUAUGACGCUCGUCAUCACUGGGCCCUAAUCGCCGUUGAACCUUAUUUUAAUUGUAUAUUGCUCAAUAGUUAUAAUUAUAAGAAUGUGUUAUCUGUUGUAUCAUUUUUUUAUAAGAAAUAGAAAAUGUUGCUGCAUUUUACAAACAUCGUUUAUUUAUUAUUCCAAAAUUCAACGUCUCAGACCACACGGAAAAAUAUAUAUGCACACAUAUCACAAAAUUGUGGAUCUUUUUCAACAAUCGUCAUUCUAUCAUCUAGUUUGCACUGUUAUCACG